UGUCCAUCCAUCUCUUCUCUACCGCAUUCUCAUUCACUUUUGACACCAACAUCCCCCCCAACAAAGAAACCCAAAUUCACACCCUCUGUAUCUACUUCCGACUGACCCGACUCCCUCCUGUAUCGGUUUGCUCUCUCUUCCCGACUCAGUGACCAUCUCCCCUUCAUGCUCGCUGGAAGUGAUCUGCUCACAGCACCCGGCCCGAGGUCUGACCCGUAUCAGUGGUGCGUGGGAUGCGUGUUCGGUGUGCGUGAGCGUGUAUCUUGUCUUCUGUCAUGUGUGAGUGUCUGCGAGGGAUCUUCCGUGUCACCUGGACACCCUCUUCAGAUGCAGAGUCUGACAGAGAGGACAGUCAUGGGAAUCCACAAGCCAGAGAUUCACCUGUAAACAACAAAAGACGCUCUCCUCCCUCAGACAGGCCUCCCUUUGGCACUCAUCUAAGUACACAGCACAGCAUCUCCGCUGAUGAACAGGACAGCCCAGAGCGAAUUGUUCAAAAGGAAAAACUCCAUGCAGAACUAAAACAGGUUUUGAGUCAGAAGAGAAGCCAGCUUAGAGACACCCAAUCCACCCUCACAGACAUGGAGGAACCCCCCAAGACAGGCAGUAAGAAUGAGGUGGAGAAGGAAAACCAGUUCUCAGAGCUUGUGGAAGUGGUUGUUGAAACACAGGCUGAGGUUGGAGCUAGUGGGUAUAGUGUUGUGGGUGGAGGGGAGCAAGGCAUCUUCAUCAAAGAGGUUUUGAAAGACUCCCCAGCAGCAAAGCACCUCAGUCUACAGAAAGGAGAUCAACUUCUAAGUGCCAGGGUGUAUUUUGAUAACGUGAAAUAUGAGGACGCAUUAAAAAUUCUUCAAUGUGCAGAACCCUACAAAGUGUCUUUCUUUUUGAAGAGGACUGUGCCAGGAAGUGAAGUCAGCAUACGUCCAGGUGCACAAAAUCUUGAGCUCAGAGGACCUAAGGCCAAGUUGCAAAAAAUGAGCGUCAAAAGCGUGAAACCGUUCAAAACCAAGAAAAAGAGAGGAGGAAGAUUUGGAUUGAAAAGACUGAAAGAGAACAAAAAAGCAACAGCACAGGCAGAGCUGGAUGUUGAGGGCUCACCUGGUAGAUCAGACCUCAGUACUGUUGAUGUUGAGUUUGUAUUCCCGAAGUUCAAGAUGAGGAAAAGUGGGAAGGCCACUGCAGAUGGAUCAGAACAUCUGGAGGGUGUUAUUACUAGUACUAAGAAGAAAAGGAAGAUCAGAUUUCUAAAGAUGAAGGCCAUGGAUGCUGCUGUGGCUGAAGGGAAUGUCAAUGAAGAUGUUUCACCACAUGAGGGAGAGGCCUCUAGAGCAAAGCUGAAGGUCAAGACGAAAGGUCCAAAAUUUGGAAUGAAUUUCCCUAAAAUUAAAAAGUCAAAGUUAGAUGUACAAUCUUCAAAUGACAGUUUUGAGGUGAAAGAACUAGAAGCCAAAUUUAAGCCUCCAUCAGUAGAGUGUGAUUUCAACAUGCCUCAGGACAAAGCUGAAACUAAUGUUCCUAAUCUUGAGGUUAAAGGAAAAGGAGAGAGUCCUGAGAUAAAAAUGCCGAAGAUAAAUCUGGAUGUCUCCGAUACAAUGGGGACAGUCUCAAAGUUCAAACUGUCAAAGGUAAGACUUUCUUGUCAUUCAGAUGAAAUUGAUGGAGAGGCAAGGAAAGAAACUGAUACAUCUGAAAAUAAACUGAAAAUGCCCAAGAUUGACAUUAAAGCACCAAAUAUGGAUUUAGACUUGCAUUUCCCAAAGACUAAGGGCAAGGCAGAAUUCAAAGUUGUUGAAGUUCCUGAUUGCAAUGUAAAAGGAACAAAAAUCAACACAGCCAAGCCUGACACAUCCUUACCAGUGCUAAACCUUGAUGCAAAACAAAGAUUUGGAGAUGACAUUGAUGGAUCCAUGGAAAAAGAGCAUAAGAUUUUCCUCCCCAAACCUGACAUUGCAGUGCCCAAGAUAGAAAUGUCAGGUCUUCCUAUAUUAGCUGUGUCAUUACCAAAGAUGACUGCAAAAAACAUUGAUACUGAGGGACAUGCAAGUACUGGGGUAAAAUAUGAAAUGACAAAAUUAGACAUCUCUCUUCCAAAAGUAACAUCCCCUGAGGGUGAAGUCAUAGUUGAAGAACCUGGACCAAAAGGUAGAACAUUUCACAAGCCAAAUAUUAGCAUUUCGUUACCAAAAGGUAAAGGUGAAGCAAAGGUGGAUGGCCAUUCUGAGAAAGGACCAAAUGUGAAAAUGCCACAAAUAGACAUUUCCCUCCCCAAAAUGAAAUUACCACAAGGGAAAAUUGAUAUAGAAGGGCCUGAGGUUGACAUUUCCUUGCCGAAAGACAUACUAGAGGCAGGUACAGAUGUUGAGUGCCACUUUGGAAAAGGGGAAAAGAUUCAAAUGCCUAAAGUGAAAUCACCUGAGCAUGCCAUUGCUGAGGGGCCUGAUAUAAAAGCAGGAAAAUUGAGUAUGCCAUCAAUUGAAAUUUCACUUCCUAAAGGCAAAACUGAGGGAAAUAUUGAGAUUGGAGACCCAUCAGUGAAAGGAAGCAAAUUUAAAAAGCCACAUCUAGAUGUCUCGAUUCCACAAUUGAAAUUAUCCAGAGGUGCAAUCAAUACUGAGGAUCCAGAGGUCAAAGGUCAGAAAUUCCAAAUGCCACCCAUUGAUAUAUCAUUACCAAAAGGAAAAAUAGAGGCCAGUGUUGAGGUCGAGGGUCAUUCUGGAAACGCAAACAUGCCCAAAAUGUAUCUAAAUAUGUCACUGCCAGAGGGUAAACUCGAUUCUCAGAGUCCUGAUGAAGGAAAGUUUAGCAUCCCCGGAGCUAUAAUUUCAUUACCAAAAGGAAAAACAGAUGAACAGAUUAAUCUUGAGGUUGAGAAGGGAGAUAAGUUUCAGAUUCCUAAAUCUGAUAUAAGUCUACCUAAACUCAAAUCAGGAGAAGUUGAUUUUGAUGUUAAAAGAACCAAUAGGAAGUUUCACAUGCCAGCAAUGGAUAUUUCCUUGCCACAUAAAGACGAAAGAGAUGUUAAUGUGGAACCCUCUGGUAAAUGUGGAAAGAUUGAACUGCCAAAGGUUGAUAUCUCACUGCCUGCAGUGAAAGAUUCUGGUGUUGAGAUUUCCUUGCCAAAAAUUAAGUCACCACAAGGUGACAUCAGUAUUGAAGGGCCUGACAGCAAUAGAUUCAACAUGCCAUCCGUUGAUAUAUCAUUUGUAACUGACACAGGUGAUAUUGAUCUCAAGAGACAUUCAGGAAAAAUAGGAAAGUUUGAUAUUCAAAAACUGGAUAUUUCCUUACCAAAAUUUGAAUCAACCAAAGGGGAACUCAGUGUGGAAGGACCUGAAUUCAAAGGUGGUGAGUUAAAUAUACCUUCUUAUAAUAUCUCCUCAGCAGAGGUUAAAACAGAGGGUGAUGUUUGUCUGGAGGGAAAAACCAAAAAGGGCACAAAAUUUCAAAUGCCAAAAUCGAACAUUAAUUUACCACAAAUAAAAUCAGCAGGGACUGAAAUAAAUAUUGAAGGACCUGAAUUGAAGGGUGGGAAGAUAGAUAUCCCAGAUGUUGACAUUUCUCUUACACAAGGAAAGGUAAAGGGAGAUGGCAAAGUUAAUGUCAGUAAGGGGAGCAAGUUUCAUUUGCCUCAAGUUGAUUUGUCACUUCCAAAGAUUAAAACAAGAUCUGUGGAAGUCAAUGUAGAAAGACCUGAUGUAAAAGGAAGCAAAGUUUACAUGCCUUCCCUUGACAUUUCUUUGCCUAAAGAUAAAAACACUGAUAUAGAAGGCCAUUCUGGAACAGGUAUAAAGUUUGAAAUGCCAAAAACCGAUGUUUCAUUGCCAAAAGUAAAAGCUACAGAAGGAGAAAUUGGAGUUGAAGCUCCUCGGAUCCAAGGAGGAAAGUUAAAUAUGCCAUCUAUUGAAAUGUCCUUUCCAAACAGGAAGGUGAAAGGAAACACUGACCUUGAUGGCAAAAAAACAAUUUUGCCUAAAUUUGUUAUUAGCUCACCUAAGAUUAAAUCUUCAGAUGGAGAAAUCAAUAUUGAUAUCAAGGAUGGAAGGUUUCACAUGCCCUCUAUUGAUAUCUCUCUGCCAGGAGGUAGAACAGGAGGAGAUGUGACUGUCAAAGGCCAUGAAGGCAAUGGAAGAAAAUUUGAAAUGCCUAAAUUAGAUGUUUCUUUGCCUAAAUUAAAACAAUCAGGGGGUGAAAUCGAUGUUGAAGUUCCCGAUAUCAAGGGUGGAAAGAUUCACAUGCCCUCUAUAGAUAUCUCUCUGCCUGGAGGAGGAGCAGGAGGACAUGUAAAUGUUGAAGGACAUGCAGGAAAAGGAAAAAAAUGUGAAAUGCCAAAAAUUGAUGUUUCUUUGCCUAAAUUAAAAACAUCAGGAGGUGAAAUCAAUGUUGAAAGUCCCGAUAUCAAGGGUGGAAAGAUUCACAUGCCCUCUGUAGAUAUCUCUCUGCCUAAAAGAGGAGCAGGAGGAGAUAUAAAUGUUGAAGGACAUACAGGAAAAGGAAGAAAAUUUGAAAUGCCUAAAUUAGAUGGUUCUUUGCCUAAAUUAAAACCAUCAGGAGGUGAAAUCAAUGUUGAAGAUCCUAAUAUCAAGGGUGGAAAGAUUCACAUGCCCUCUGUAGAUAUCUUUCUGCCUGCAGGAGGCGCAGGAGGAGAUAUAAAUGUUGAAGGACAUACAGGAAAAGGAAGAAAAUUUGAAAUGCCUAAAUUAGAUGGUUCUUUGCCUAAAUUAAAACCAUCAGGAGGUGAAAUCAAUGUUGAAGGUCCUAAUAUCAAGGGUGGAAAGAUUCACAUGCCCUCUGUAGAUAUCUUUCUGCCUGCAGGAGGCGCAGGAGGAGAUGUAGAUGUUGAAGGACAUGGAAAAAAAGGAAGAAAAUUUGAGAUGCCUAAACUAGAUGUUUUGUUGCCUAAAUUAAAACCAUCAGGAGAUGAAAUCGAUGUUGAAGGUCCCGAUAUCAAGGGUAGAAAGAUUGACAUGGCCUCUGUAGAUAUCUCUCUGCCAGGAGGAGGAGCAGGAGGAGCUGUAGAUGUUGAAGGACAUGGAAGAAAAGGAAGAAAAUUUGAGAUGCCUAAAUUAGAUGUUUCGUUGCCUAAAUUAAAACCAUCAGGAGAUGAAAUCAAUGUUGAAGGUCCCGAUAUCAAGGGUAGAAAGAUUGACAUGCCCUCUAUAGAUAUCUCUCUGCCAGGAGGAGGAGCAGGAGGAGAUGUAGAUGUUGAAAGACAUGCAGGAAAAGGAAGAAAAUUUGAAAUGCCUAAAUUAAAACCAUCAGGAGGUGAAUAUCCCGAUAUCAAGGGUGGAAAGUUUCACAUGCCCUCUAUAGAUACAUCUCUGCCAGGAGCCACAGAAGGAGAGCUUGAUCUGGAUGAUGACACUAAAAAAUGUUUAAGAUUUCAGAUGCCCACUGUUAUCUCUAUCCCUAAAAUGAAACUAACGGAUCAUGAACUAAAAGUUUGGUCAGAGAAGAAAGACAUAGACAUUUCAGUACCUAAACUGACUCAUGAUUCUGAUAUAGCGACCAAAGCUACUGGUGUCAAAAUUAGAGAUUUAAAUGUCCCUGAAGUAACUUUAGGUGGGAACAUCAAGCUGCCAAGUGUGAAAAUACCAACUGUUGACAUAUCUGCUCCUAAAGUUGACCUGGACUUUACUCUUUCAAAGGGAAAGGGCAGUGAUAGAGAAAACAUUAAACUUCUUAAGGCGGAGGGUGGAAGGCCAUCAUCUGGGGCAAGUUUUGAUGUUCCAGACGUCUCUAUGAAAAUGCCCAAAAUAUCACUUCCUAAAUUUGGCAGAAAAUUGAAAAGUGAAGACAAACUAGAACUAGACAGUCCUGACUUAUCUAUAGAUUUGGACAUGGAAAGAACAUCACCAUCAGUGGAAACAUCUAAAAAGGAUACUGAAAUAAUUGGUACUGCCGCUGAAAUGAAGAUAAAAGCAGGUGCUGGAGAAAUUACAAUACCAGAAAUCAGAGUAGAGUGUCCUGAUGUUAAGGUCAAAUCCAAGCUCAAAUUCCCCAAAUUCAAGACACCUAUUCCUAAAGCAAAGCUCAAAGAUGUGGAAAUGGCUAUGCCUGGAUAUGUGGAUAACAAAGGAAAGGUCAGAAUGCCAGCAGUUGAAAUAUCAUUGCCAACAGCAAAUAUUCCAGAAUGUGAGGUAUUGCUUCCUAAAACUGAGGUUGAUGUAUCUGAAGCAGAUAUCAGAGGUUAUGAGAGCAGUUUAAAAAUUCCUAAGAUGCCAACAAUUGGCAUAUCAGUUCCAAAAGUUGAUUUGGAUGUUUCCUUGCCUAGGUUAAAACUUAAUGAAUCAGUAGACUCUUCUGACUUACACAUUAAUAGUAGUAGGGGUACAGUAAAUCUUCCCCAUGUCAAGACACCUAAAGUAGACAUUUCACUUCCUCAUGGAAAAACAGGUGGCACAGAUAACCAUGAGGUGGAGAUUGGAAGGAAGGGUAAAAUAAGAAUGCCAGAAGUGGAAAUAUCAUUACCAAAUACAAAACAUGACACAUCUAAUGCUGACAUUAAAGGUGAAAAACUAAAAAUACCAAAAAUGUCCGUGCCCAGUCUUGAUAUAUCAUUACCUCAUGGAACAAUAACGAAAAAUGAUGAUCCUGAUUUAGAAUUUGGAGUGAAAGGGAGUAAAUUAAAAAUGCCAGACAUUACGGUGCCUAAGAUAGAUGUAUCGCUACCUCACAAAAGCAAAGAAGAAAGUCAUGCACCUGAUUUAGAACUAGAAGGUGGAAAAUUAAAGAUGCCAAUAACUGAUAUAUCCCUUUCUAAAAUAAAAUCUAAAGAUGUUGUUCCAGAAAUUCAACCAGAUGUAGGAAAAGGUAAAGUCAUGAUCCCUGGAAUUAAACUACCAACAAUAGAUGUCUCAUUACCUCAUGGUAAAACAGAGGACACUAUUGACCUUGAACUGGUAGUGUGUGGCAAAGAAGGGAAAUUCAAGGUUCCUGACAUCAAAAUUCCAAAUGUAGAUGUAUCAUCUCAAGGUCAACCAGAGAGUGCAGAGAAAAGAAGACAAGGCGGCAACUUUCAAUUACCGAAAAUAACAAUACCCAAAGUGGAUAUAUCAUUACCAUACGGCAAAUCAGAUGACCCUCAGGCUUCAGGGUCUGUGAAAGUAGAAGGUGAGCAAUUUAAAAUGCCUGAUAUUACGAUACCACAGUUAGCCAUAUCAUUACCAGAAAGUAGAACUGGAGAGUUUGAUACCAAAGAGGGAGAAUCUGGAGGAGGGCGUGGAAAAUUCACAAUGUCAAAUGUUAAAAUUCCAAAACUAGAUAUAAGAAUGUCUAGAGAAGCAGACAUGUCAGAUCCUUCCACUGAUGUGAGCCUUAAGGAUUUGCAUAAAGAGGGUAAAAAGAUGAGGAUGCCUAAUAUGGAUCUAGAGCUGGAUCUUGGCUUAUCAAGAGAAGGAAAAAAGAAUAAAAAGAAGAUUGAACUUCCAGAUACUGAUCUGGAACCUGCCGCACCGAAAGAAAAAAUAAAAGGGCCAAAAGUUAAAGGUUCGAAAUUUAAUAUUGGAAUGCCAAAACGAAAAGUAUCUGGAUUACAAAACGACAUAAACAAGUCUGGAAAAACGGAUGCAAAAUUUCUAAAAGGAGGAACUGAUGCAAACUUGAAAGCUGAUUUACAAGCACCAAAGAUUCCCGAACUUGAUUUUGACAUUGAGACUGCCCAAGCUGACACUAAUAAUUCUGAAGAAGAUAAAAAGCAGACUGGUAAAAUCAAAAUUCCAAGAAACACUGCUAGUAUAGGUGGUGAAGCAAGUGCAGAAAUUGUAGAUGAGAAGCACAAGCAGCCAAAGAUCAAAAUGAAGCCAAGUUUUGGCAAGUCUCGAUCAAAUGAAAAGGAGAAAGCAAUAUAUUGUGAAGAUGAGUUGGAAACUGAGGGAAAUUCAAAAACUGGAAUACCUCUGCCUUCUUUAAGUUCACCUGAAGCCAACAUCAGAUCAUCUCAGGGAAAAGAUCACUCUAUAAACAUAGACUCUGAGGCAGAGUAUGAAAGCCCACGUAUGCCAAAAUUAACAAAAGCUGUAUUUGUUAUGGUGAAUCCACAAAUAGGAAACACUGCUAGUAUAGGUGGUGAAGCAAGUGCAGAAAUUGUAGAUGAGAAGCACAAGCAGCCAAAGAUCAAAAUGAAGCCAAGUUUUGGCAAGUCUCGAUCAAAUGAAAAGGAGAAAGCAAUAUAUUGUGAAGAUGAGUUGGAAACUGAGGGAAAUUCAAAAACUGGUAAGCUUAAAUUGUCAAAAGUGACAUUUUCGUCUGGGCAGAGAGGAUCAUUUGAUGUAACACCAAGUGGGUCUGAUGAUGGAACAGGUCCAAGUCUAAAUGGUGACAAAUAUGAAAAAUCAAUGUUUGGAAAGCUUAAAAUGCCUAAAGUGGAGUUUUUCUCACAAUACUCAAAAGAUGCAAGUGAGGAAGAGCAAAUGGAAACAAGCCUGAAAUUCAGGAACAAGGCCUCGGGUGAAAGCAAAGAGAGCAAGGAGUCAAAGACAAUAUCAGGCACAAUGUCAUUCCCAGGUCUCAGGAAGAAAACAGAGAAGGAUGAGGAGGUGAGAAAGAUUAGCACUAUAGCAUCCUCGAAAGCAAAGACUGAAAUGUUGGCAGAAAGGGAGGGAUCAGAGUCUCCAGUACCCACAGUAUUAGCUGGAUUUGUCUCUGUAACGAAGAGUAAAGAAAGAGAGGAGACAACAUGGUUCAAAGUACCCAAGGUCACCCUUAGUCCCCAUUCUACUGGCAUCAUUAAUAUCACACCAGAAAGCUCUACAAAAGGACGCAAGUCCUCUCUUCCUUGCUCUAGCGAGGAAGCCUCUGGAAGUUACUAUGUGAAAAUGCCAAGCGUAGAGUUUUUGACCCGUGAAAUGCCCUCAGAACAUCUGAUUACUAAAACAGAGGGAACUCUUACUAUAGUGACUAAGACAACAAAGUAUACAGAGACAAAAAGUACCAGUUCGAAACAGUAAGAAUCUCAGUUACAGAACUGUGACAUAUUGUCAUGUCUUGGAGGUUUUAUUCUAUUUAAAGUAAAGAAAGCAAAAAUAUUUUCUCCAGCUUUUGCAAGAAAAACAUAACUUAUACAUAAUGAAAAUGUUGAGAAUAUUAUUUAUUGUAGACCUUAUUUUCAUGUUUUGUAACUUGCCAACUUUUGUAACUUGCCACUCUGUAUAAACACAACAUAGGCACAAAUCUGUGUAUCAUAGAUAGAUGCAAAGGUAUUUAAAAACAGUUUGUUUUUUUGCUCACGCUUUUCUUGUGCAGUCUUGAAUUACACUUAUGCUGUAGAAUUUUACAGCAUUUUGGUAAUAUUGCUUUGCCUUUUCAUUGCAUGGUUUGUCUCUGUAGUUUUUGGUUGUUGUUAUGGAAUUGUUUUUAUUUUAAAUACUAUUAGAAAUACAUGUACUAUUUUUACAUAUUUAUAUGCAUGAUCUGUACAGAUAAGACACUAAAAUGAAAGGCUGUAAUGUUGAGUAUUUUUGUGAUACAUAUUUUUAUCACUUUUAAGAUCAAUUCAAACAAUAUUAAGUUGUUGUUUUUUUUAUUCACACUGUGACAUGCUGUACCAGAUAGCACUGAAUUCUGGUACAGAAUUGAGAAAGGCUCUGAAUUCUUCUGAAUUGAAAACACUGAGUGUGAAAUGUUUUUCUUUUCUUUUCUUUUUUUUUAUUAACUCUUGUGUUGGUGGUGGAAUUGGUCUACAUGCAAGCAAUGCUGUUGUAUAUGUAUCAUAUUUUAGGCAGGUUUAAGUACAUGUUUGUAUGUGUUGCUUUUUUGAAACAGUAAUUUAGAUGAUGCUCCAUCUCCAUCUAAUGCAAAAAUAGAACAGUCAAAUAUAAUAUUAACAUUCUAAUGAGUGGUAACUAAUUAUUUCCUGAUCUUUUUCACCGAUUUCUCAUCAUUCUACUAAUGUAGCAGCACUAAUACAUGACAAGUAGAGGUCCAAUUCUGAUACUGACAUGGCAAGAAAAAUCAACAAACAACAGCAGGCAGCCUUUCCCCAAGAUUGAAAUAUUCAUUAAUAUUGAACAUAUCUAACAAUGUUUCAUGAAUGAUGAAACCUACAUCCAGAU